AUGUCGGCCGAAAGAAGCGCAGAUAUCAACGGCAAGGCGCCAGUUCAGCAACCUACUAACUCUGCCCGCGCGACACAAGGUGCAGGCUUGGUUAAUGUGCAACCAGCGCGCUUGGACGACCUGCAACCGAAGUAUGCGCAGCAAAUUCAACACGGUGAAGAUAACCCCGAUGCGCACGGAUGGUACGCUUCGUUCAUUCACGGACUUGGUGAAUGUAUUGGUUGCUUGGGUGCCAUUCCAUGCUGUUUCUGCUGCCCCAACCCUUUCAAACCAGUCGCGCAGGGUGAAGUCGGCUUAAUCACAAGAUUUGGAAGAUUCGAACGCUCCGUCGAUCCCGGUCUGGUCAAAGUGAACCCGUUGAGCGAGCAUCUCACAGCGGUGGAUGUUAAGAUCCAGAUCGUUGAAGUGCCCCGCCAGAGCUGCAUGACCAAGGACAAUGUCAACCUAAACCUCAGUUCCGUGAUUUAUUACCAGAUCGUUUCUCCCCACAAAGCCGCAUUUGGUAUUUCCAAUAUCCGCCAGGCGCUUGUGGAGCGUACUCAGACUACAUUGCGUCAUGUUAUCGGCGCAAGAGUUUUGCAGGACGUUAUUGAACGCCGUGAAGAGAUCGCUCAGUCGACUUCAGAAAUAAUCGAGGACGUUGCUGGUGGAUGGGGUGUCCAGGUAGAGUCCAUGCUCAUCAAGGACAUCAUAUUUAGCAAUGAUCUGCAGGACUCUCUUUCUAUGGCUGCGCAGUCUAAGCGUAUCGGUGAAAGUAAGGUCAUAGCAGCUCGUGCUGAAGUCGAGUCGGCCAAGUUGAUGCGUCAGGCCGCUGACAUCUUGUCUUCUGCCCCUGCUAUGCAAAUCCGCUAUCUCGAGGCGAUGCAAUCCAUGGCCAAGACAGCCAACAGCAAAGUCAUCUUUUUGCCAGCAAUGAACCAGACCGUGCAGCAGCAAAUGGCUGCGGCAGAAAAUGCUGGCGAAGGCCCUAGUCGAUACCAACAGCCUGAUGAUGGAUUCCAACGUGCAAUGAAUGCGCGCGUCGUCGAAGACAUAUAG